CAGCUGAAACAGACCAUGGUCAGGGUUGCUGGGAUGCACAACUGGCAGGAGAAUGAAAUUAAAGAACUUUUGACCAUCCGGGGGUCGGAGGCGAUCCGUAACCAGAUCACGGGGACGGCGAAGGACUCUGUUGUUUACAACAGGAUGACCAGACUGCUGGCGGAGAGGGGGGUGUACAGGUCGCACAUGCAGGUGAUCAGCAAACUGAAGGCGCUGAGGAAGCAGUACACCAAGUACCACCAGCAGAAGACCCGCUGCGGGAGCGCCCGCGUCGACUGGCCGUUUUAUGAGCAGUGCCACCGGGUUUUCUCAAACGCGCCCGCAGGAAACCCGGUUAAGCGGAACCGGAGUCCUAGCCCCCCGCCUGCACCCACAUCUCCAUCACCACCUCCUCAACCACCGCCUGCCGUCAGCGAGGAGCAUCAGGAGGUUGUCGUCAGCCUCUGGGACGAAGUUGACGACGGGGAGAUCCACAAACAUCUGGGUCCAGUGGAGGCGGAGGACGACGAGGAGCAGUACAGCUCAUCAGAGCACUUACAGCCCAUCACGUACACGGUUCCAUCUAAGAAAAGGAAAACAACGGUGAUGGAGCAAGUCUCCACGUUGGUGUCGGCGACGGUCACCCAGCUCAGAGAGAUGGACGCCGCCAUGCAGGCGCAGGAGGACGCACGACUGCAGAGGUUAAUGGACCAUGAGAAGGAAAUGCAGAACAAUCUAAUGAGUCAGCUCACAGCCAUGCAUGAAAGGAUCAGUCGAGAAAACCACGAGAGACACCUCGAGCUGGUGGACAGGAUACUCUCCAGGUUCCCCUCACCUUCAGCACCUUCGGGCCCCUGACUGACUCUUCCUGUGUGAAUGACAGCAACCUACGACAGGAUUAUUCAGGUCCAGGGAACACUUCUGUCUCUCUCCUCCUCCAGCUGACCAGUGCCUAAACCCACACUCCUAUUUACUUGAUAAAAUAUUUGGUUUUCAACUAACCAGGGACCCAUUGCUGGCCAUCUUUGGGACCAUCUCAGAAGCAGUGAUGAGCAGGAAAAAGAUAAACUUACUGCAUAUACGUCUUGCAGCAGCCAAGAAAGCAAUAACACUGAGCUGGCUGAAAAAAGACCCACCAACCUAUGACACAUGGCAGUCAGUAGUUAAAGGAAUAAAAAAAAUAAUUUUCAUGUCGAGACUGCAAGAUGCACAAUUCACAGACCAAUGAUCACCUUGGCUAGAAGUGAUGGGGCAGGCAUGGAGAUAAGCGUGCUUGGGAAACUUUUGCAUUUCAUCAAUUUAUAUUGUAAGUAGCUUUCUGGUGAUGUGUUGGGUAAUUGCGGCUGCUAACGUAAGUGUUAUGGUUUUUAUAUUUUUGGUGUGUAUAUUACUUAUUUUUUGUUUGUUGUGCCUGUUUUUAUUGGGUAACUAAUGUUUUUAUAAAGACACUUUUUCUGGAUAGUGUUGUCCCAUAUAAGUGAUGAGGGCAAUGGAUGACAGUUGAGAUGAAGAUCUGUAUGUGUAGGGGUGUGUGUUUGAAUAUGUGUGUGGGUGAAAGUAGAGGUGAAGCAUGCAAACUGGUUGAUCGAGAGAAUGAAUGAUGAAAGAGUUGAUUAUAAAUAGUUGGUUGGGUUGGGGAAGUGGUGUAAAAUUGGGAGGAGAGGGACAGGGAAGUAAAGGAAAUCGAUACAGACACAAGUUCUGGAUUUCUACUUAGUAGAAUUUAAAAGGAAAAAUGUAAGAACUGGGAUGUGUGUUUGUUUAACUUUGCCCAAUAAACAUAAAGUUGGA